UUCCACAGGAGAAAGAAAGUAGUACUGGUUUGUAAGUAUAAUGCAGCAGUGGUAGAGUUAACUCUCCAAAUUACAUCACUGCUUUCCCUCACAUUCUGAUCAUCCACCCCUCCUCCUUAACUCCUUCGCCCUUCCCCUUCUCAUUGUCUAUGAAAGGAGGGUCUUUCUCUCCCCUGUCCAUUCAGCUGCUGGGCACUGGGACUGUGGUCCAGACCUCACCCUCAAGCCUGUCAUUAUAAUCACUUAGCAGUCACAAAGACCUCCAGCCCUUCACAGCCUCUGUACACAGUUCCAGUGAGACUUAACAUUUCCCACCACUCUGAGAUGGAGCUUCUAGGUGUCCGACUACCAUUCCCCCAGUUUCAGGAGGAAAAGUACCAGAUGCUGGAGCUGAACCAGCGUCUCGAAUCGUACUUAGGUCAUGUGAAGCUUCUGGAGGAGGAAAACAAGCUACUGCGAGAGAAUAUCCUUACUCUCAAGAGCAGCAGGGAACCACCAGGCCAGCACAAAGCUCAAGAGGAGGCUCUCAGCCAGGCCAGGAGGAUGUUGGGGGAUGCCUGGAGGAAGAAAGAUUGUGUGGAACUGGAAGUGGCAAACUUGAUGGAGGAUAUAGAGGUGGUGAGUUUUCAAAGACAGAAGGCAAAGAAUGCACAGGCUGAUGCACAGAGAAAACUCAUGGAGAGCAGGAAGGAGCUGGAAGAGGAGCGUAGAGCUCAGAUAUGGCUUAGAGAAAAGGUUGGCCAGCUUGAGAAAGACCUCUUGCUACAGAUGCAAGUCCACCGGGAAAACAUGGAAACCUUGCAGGCCUCUCUGAAACAGACAAAGCAAGUCUUAAUGGCCCCACAGCCCAAUCAAACUACCAGCAUCCCAGACCUGGGACAAGAGUACAGCCACAGAGCAGCUCAAGCCUGGCAGGAGGCAACCAACAACUAUCAGAGACUGGUUGGACGUCUGGAGGAAAGUCUAAACCAGGCCAAAGCUAACAUGGCAAAGAUUCAUCAGGAGAAGAGAGAAAACCAGCAUCGAGUUCAGCAUCUGGCAAAGGAGCUUGAGAGCACUAAGACUAAGAGACAGAUGUUGGAGGAAAAUGUAGUGCAGCAGAGAGAAGAACAUAAACAGGAGCUUCAACAUCUUCAGGCCCAAGUAGAUGCUCUGGAAUUGGAGAAAGACAGCCUGGGGCAGCAGAUAGACAGCCUGAUGGUGGACAGACAAAAUCUGCUGCAGGUCAAGAUGUCUCUUGGACUGGAGGUGGCCACAUACAGAGCUUUGCUGGACAGCGAGGGCCUGAUAAUUGACAGACCAACAACAAAAAAGACCAGCUCUGCUUUCUUUUUAGAUGUGCUCUCAAAGCCCACUGGAACCCACCCAGCCUCACAGACUACUGCUGCUUCCUGCCAUGUCAGCAAUACUGUUUCUACAAGUCACAGAUCAAUCACCUCCUCUCGCACUCUGCUGACCAGUGCGACUCCAUCAUGGACCCCGACUCGAGGGACUCCACAAAGAACACCAACCAAAAUCUCAGUGACAGAAAAGACAGAGGUUCAUAUCUCAGAGGAGACUGAGAAAGCUGCUGAGGAGUCUGUGGAUCAUUUACAGCAAGAGAAAGUACAUGAAGACAUGGCCCUUAAGGAGGAUGAACCAAUACAGUUCAAGAAAGCUCAAAUGGUUGAAUGUAAAACUGAUGCAUCUGCAUUGAUAAGUGUGUCAGCUGACCAACCAAGUAACUUGUCCCAAACUUCAGAGACCGAAAGCUGGGCUGGUCCAUUCACAGAUCCUGCAGGGGAUUCAGAAGAAGGGAAGGAUGAGGACACCGAAGUGUCUUAUGAAAUGGCUCAGAUCUCACAUGCACCUAAGGUUGCUUGGGAAGAAAAUAAAACCUUAGCAGAGGACGAAAAAGAUGACGCCUCUGAGAUGGAUGUAAGAUCGGAGAACAUCAGUGAAAGCCACACAUUUGCAUACGGAGAUGCAGAGAAGGAUGAUGAUACAUUAAAAUCUAGCCAUAUCAGUGCAAACACCAAUAUAAUAGGUUCAUCGUUCCUCGAGCAAGGAACUUUAGAUUUGGUUGGUGAUUUUGGACAUCAUGGAGAUUUAAUGAAGGUAGAUAAACAGGACAAUGUGAGCAAUAUUAGUGAGGAGGAAAGAGAGCAAAUGAACUGUGAAACUGAGGCAGUGAUUGAUUUAAUCAAUGAGUGGGACAGACAGGAAGAAAUUGAACCAGAGAAUGAGAUGAAAGUGGUGAGCCCUGACUCUGAGGAGGAAGAAGAGGAUGAAAUGAACAUUGAUGCUGACACAAAGGAUAAAAAAGAAGAUGAAAAUGUGACUGAAAGAGAAGAAGAAGAGAUAGAAGUGAUUAAAAGUGACUUUUCUGAGCUGGAAGAAGGUGUAGAUUCUCCCAAGAACAGUGAUCAUCAGGAGAGUUUAGAAAAGACUGUACUGCCAACUGAACCCCAUUCAGAUCAGACAGUAAAUGAAGGAUUACCUGAGGAAUCUGAGGGAGAAGAAGAGAACCAAGGUGAAGAUGAUGACUCCCCAAACAAAUCAGCCUCGUGGAGAACCGAUCCUGGUGAGUGUGACAGCUACAGUCAGGAGAACACGCUAGCAGACACUCGGCCCUUGAUUCAUUAUAAGAGUGAUGAGGAAACAGAUGGGAAUGUGCAAGCCUCGCACCUCAUCGGUGAGACUAAUGACAGUGAGGAUGAGAAAGAAAGAAUGGAAGGAGGCCACUGGAAUGAGAGUGCCUCCAAACGCUUCAACACCAUGGAGGAUCUCACAGAAGAACCAGACAUGGAGGUCACUGGAGAGAUGAUGAUGGAACAUGUUGUUUCUAAAGAAGAAGUGCAAGAUGGUGAUAGGACAUGCAUAAAUCUUCAAAGUGACUCUGAAGUCCAUGAAAGUUUGGACAUGGUGGAGAAAGAAAGUGCAAGCAUUGAGCUCAAGGGAAACCUGGAAGAAGAUAGUGAUGUUAUUACAGAGAUGAGGAACGAUGAAGAUCAUGAUGUCAAAGUUUAUGAGCAACCACAACUGACUGAAAACCAACAUAUGCACACUGAACAGCCUGAGGAUGAAACAGUCCAUUCAUAUGAAAGUCAAGAACAUGUCGACAUGGACCAUCCAAUCUCAUUCCCUGAAACAUCUCAUCAACUUAAAAACCCCUUUGAAACUUCAUCAACUCUGACCAUGUUUCAAGAUGCAGCUGCAACCAAAGAUCCAGAAGAUCUUCUGGAAGUUUCCAUGCACACCAACAUGGAUCUCACGGACAGUCGCUCUUUGGAGAGUCAGCCAGACAAUAGGACAUCAGCCAUUCCCAACUCAGACCAGGAAGAGGGCAAUAGCUCAGAAGAUGAGUCUCCAAAUGCCAGCCAGUGCUUUCAGAACUCAAGCCUUUUAGCAGUGGCUACUCUUAAUGAGCAGCCAUUAACCUUCGCUAAUGGAGUCUCCAAGGCUGAUUCUGUGUCUGACGUCAACAGUUUGCCUGAAGAAGUGCUCAGUAAGGAGAAGAACACAGAAGAACCUAAAGCCCCUCAGAUUGAUGACUGGGAGAAUUCGAACAUCUGGAGCAAAAGCAUGAACGCUCCAGAUGCAGCUGACAUCACACACGCAUCAAGUAUGAAUGAAAAUACAGGCGUUUUCCCAGUAAAUGAGACUGAGAGUUUAGAAAUUCCAAAUAAAAUGGCAGAAAACAUCUUUGGAAAAUUUGAAGAACAUCUUGAAAGGACAGUGGAGAGCUUUUCAGAAAAAGUGCUGACUGUGAUGGACUUUGAGAGCAACAAUUCAGGAGAGGAGGAGGAAUUUCAGUCAAAGGAAAAGAAAAGUGAGAUUCAUAGCUUUUUCAGCACUAGUAUGAAGGAGGAUUUCUGGAGUCAGGGGAAAAUGGAGAUGGCAGCUACCUAUGACCCUGCCAAGACUGAAGACUUAAACCAGGCCAUGGUCUUUGGAGACGAGUGGAGAGAUAUGGAGGGAAUGCCAACAGCAAAUGUAAGUCCUAAAGAAAAGAUGGACAUUCUCAAAGGACAGGAUGAGAAGCAUAAAGAUGAACAGCCAACACAAGGCAAGAUGGUCCUAUCUGAUGACUCUGUUGAUGAGGGAGAUUCCUGGUCCUCUGGUGAUGAGUAACAGCUUUGUCCGAUGACGUGUUAGACCAUUUCAGACUAAACCAAAAACCAAAAAGUAGUGGUCAUGGAUGGACAGAUAUAUUACGGAGCCAAAAUGAAAAUUCAUGGUGGAAGACAGCAACAUCAAACACAAAGUACACAGAAAACACCUUCAUACAUUCACAGAAAUUAAACUAGACAUGAUUGCUCAGCGCAGUGUGUGUAAUUGUACAAUGUGAUCUCUGUAAUGUGAGUUAACAGCCUGGCAUAAUGUGCCAGCUGUCGUCUCUGGAUAAGAAGGCGUUGUACUGCAUGACAGCCACGGGCAGAAAGGAUUCUUACAGAUUUACUAUGAAGCUUUACUUCAUGCUUGUUGUUUCUGUACCAAUUAGACCAGCUUUUCGAUGACCUUCAUCUGUCAGUGUUAAAAAUAUAAUACUUUUGUGUAUUUUCACUGAUGUAUGCUAUAAUGGAAAAACCACAUGGAUUAAAAUUUUACAAUUCUGAA